AUGGUUUGGAAGAAAGAUCGGCUCGGCGCAGCCUGCUACGACCUAGCGACCUCCGAAUUGCGCGUGAUGGAGGACACGAACGACGACUCGGAGGGCUUCUACGUGACCAAAGCACUGUACAGGCAGUGCAGACCGCGUUGCCUGGUAACGAUCGUCGGAUCGCCGGCAGUUUUCCUGAACGCGUUGAAGAGAACAGUGCUCGCAGCGGAAUCGCCGAGCGAGCGAUCGAGUUCGCUCGGCUCGGAGGACGGACCGUGCUCCGCGAGCCUAAAGACCCUAAAGCUCGUUUGCAAAAAGGAGCACAAUUACGAGCGAUGUUUGCAGAGGGUGAGAAGCCUGCGGCUGUCGUCGGAGCCGAGGAACGCGAGCAGCACCGACAGGAUCACCUUCUUGAACAGCAUCCUGAACUUCGCCUGUUCCGCGAUGAUUCACGCGCUGGGAUCACUGUUGCUCUUCGUCGACAGACACUGGAACGAGAUCGCUCUCGAAGCGUCGGGCAGACCCACCUUCAGCUCUCUCGAUUGCCUCGCGCUACACGACCUGGUCACUCUGGACGAGGACACGUACAGAGCACUGAACAUCGUGCAGGCCAGGGAUCAUCCGAGCUUCUUCAAGUUCGGCAACUGCACCACGCAAACCGGUAGCGCGAGUCUGUUCUGCUUGUUCAAGCGGUACUGCCGUUCGCGACCCGGUGUUCGGUUCCUGUGGAAAACGAUGCAGCACCCGACGCGCGACGCGAACGUGCUCCAGCAGAGACUGAACGCGAUCGAGUUCUUCCUGAACCCCAGCAAUCGAACCGUCGUCGAGAAUCUGUCGUGCUCCUUGGAUCGCGUCGAUCGGCUGACGAACACCGUACUAGCCUGUUGCUCCGGGCCACGAGCGAAGACGUCGAAUUGGUACAAAAUGCACCAGACUGUUUCGCGCGUGAUCCGUAUCGCCGAUCUGUGCGAGGAACACGCGGACAGAAUCGAGAUCUUCAAGCGGGUCGCGGAGAGCGUGACGAACGAAGCGCGCUACGUGAAAUACUUCAUCGAAUACAUAGUGGACUUCGGAGAGAGCAGGCGGGAGAGAAAGCUCGUUGUCAAGCCGAGCGUGGAUCCCUUGCUGGACGAACUGAACCACGCGCGGCGCGCCCUGCCCGAGCUACUAACCCGAAUGGCCGAGAAGGACAUGCGCGAACAUCUGCCGCCGUCCGUGACGGGCUGCAACAUGGUCUAUCUGCCGAACAUCGGCUACGUGCUGGCGAUCAACAAAUGGUACCCGACCCCGCCGGACGCCGCGGAGCUGCCGAACCUAGAGUUCAAGUUUAGCAUCAACGGCGUGCACUAUUACAAGAGCUCCUCGGCGAAAGAACUGGACGAGACCGUGGGCGACGUGAUUCUGAAGAUAGCGAUCCGGCAGAACCGCAUCCUGCAGAAGCUGACGCGGUACGCGAGGAAGCACGCCGGCUCGAUCGCGCGGGCGAUCGAACGUUGCGCUGAACUGGACACGCUAUUGGCGUUCGCAGGUGCGGCGCGCGACCAUGAUUACGCGAGACCAAUUAUAACCGAGUCGAAGGUGAUCGACGCCAAGGAAUCGCGGCAUCCUCUGCUCGAGUUCUCGACGACUUUCGUACCCAACGACGUGCGAUCCGGGAGCAACGGAAGCCUGAUCAAGAUCUUAACAGGGCCGAACUCUUGCGGGAAGAGCGUUUAUCUGAAGCAGAUCGGACUGCUGUUGUUCAUGGCUCACGUUGGCUCGUACGUGGCUGCGAAAUCGGCUACCAUAGGGACGAUCCGUCGCAUCUCCACUCAAAUGUCCAUCACGGAGAGCGUCGGCUUGAACGCGAGCUCCUUCUUGCAGAACCUUCGACAGAUAAACACUGCCAUUCGAGCGUCCACCUCCGAUUCCGUGGUGCUCGCGGAUGAAUUCGACAGGGGAACGUCGGAGUCAAGCGGAAGCUCGCUGCUCGCGGCGGUCCUGGACGAGUUCGCGGCGAGGGGCCAGCAGUGUCCGCACGUUUUCGCGGCGACGCACGCGCACGCGGUCCUCGAGAUGCUGCCCGAAUCGUCGCUCGUCGAACUAUUGACUUUCGAGUACGCCAUCAACGAGCAAGAGUCUUUGGUUCUGCUGCAUCGGUUGGCCAACGGCAGCGCGUCGAGCAGCUUCGCUCACUUGGCAGCGAGAAUCGCUGAACUAGACGAGAGCGUCGUUCAACGAAGCUUACGGGUGUUCGAAUCAAUGAAGCAGCAGGAGCUCCCGUCGCCUGUCGGUCGACGUUGCGAGGCGUUGCGUCUCAUCGUGGAAUUAGCCAAGGCUGGAGCGAAUCUGGAUUUGGAACAAUUGAAAUCAGUGCUGCGAAGAAUUAUGACGCUUAAGUGA